GAAUCGGAAUCCGCUCAGAGUGGAUUCGUCUUUUGGCCCAUUCGGAUGUGGCCUCGCAUGUGGCGCGCGCGUUGUCCACUGACAGUUUUAUUAUUAUUAUUGUUGUUAUUAUUAUUAUUAUUAUUUGGGGCCCAAAGCUAACUCUUGCCCUUUCGAGCUGCGCGUAAUUUCGAUUUCGAUUUCGGUUUGAUUUCGACUGCAUAUCCAUUCGGCAUCUCGGCGUUCGCGUUGUUUCGAGUGCAUCCACAUCCGACUCCACAUCCACACUCACAUCCAUUGCGAUUGUUGUGUUGUGUUCCAGUUGCCGUUUUUGUGGGAGGUUAGUUGGUUGAAUAAUCCGCGACUCCGCAGUGUACGCAAAUUGCAAAUUGCAAAAGCAAUGCCCCCGCUCCAUGGAAGUCCAUUGAGAAACAUAGAUCCAAGAACUGCAAUAAUGCCGCAGUGUGUGUGUGCCAGAGAGCGGGAGAGCGCACCAGUGCCUGUUUGUGUGCGUGUGCCUAUGUGUGUGUGCGUGUUUAGAAUGCACCUUGUGGUAUUUUGAAAUCUAAAAUUGCCAAACACCCAGCGCGUUUCUUUUUUUCGAGAGCAUUGCAAAAGACUCCAGCUGUGCUAAUGCUAAGUUAAAACGAAAAAAACUAUCAAACCGAAGAAUCGAAGAACUGACAAGCUAAAAAACGAGAAAAAGAAACUGAAAAUCAGAAGCCAAGGCUGCCGCUCUUUCAUUUUAGCGGGUAUGUAAUUACGAAACUCCUGCGAGCGCCUGGCUAUUUCGGAUAUCUGUCGGAUUGCGACAGAUUUUCGUGGAUUUUCCGCCAUGGAUUAAUGGGCGCCAAGGGUACAGCCAGCUUUCCCACACGAACACGCACACACUAACGCGUUUAUUGGCCAACAUACAGUCAAAAUUCCAUAGUUGGCCACGCCAUCUGUCACUCUUAUAACUAGAGUUUUACUAAAAUUUCAUAAAGAUGGCCGAAACGAUCAGUACAGCGGCCAGCGGCAUGGAGUUGGCCUUAAAGGACCCCAGUCCGACGGUGGGUGGCGGCAUCAUUGUGGACAUGACGCCCACCACGGCGGCCCUGCUGCAUCACAACGCUAUGGCGCUGCGCAGCCUCAAGGAAGCCGCCUCAUCCGCCUCCGAGUCUGAGCUACAGGAACCGCGAUCGCCCACACCCACGCCCACGAAUCUCAGCACCGGCCCCCACUCGCCGCCCAUGACCUUCCGCUGCGAGCGUUGCGACAGUUUCGAGACAAGCUCGCGGGCAUCCCUGCUGCUCCAUGUGGUCCAGUGCCUGGCGGGUCAGGCGGCGGCGGCGGCAGCAGCGGCGGCGGCAUCAGCGCGUCUGAAGAGCGAGGAUCUGCAGGAGCCGGAGAACAUGAGCCUGGGUCACAUGGAGGGCGGCAAAGGCGAUAACCAGACGGGCAAUGGUUCCAGCUCCUCAGCCAGCUCCUCGCCGGCCGGGAAUAGCGGAGGAGGAGGCGGCGGCAACAGCAGCUCUCGCAAGGUCUUCGAGUGCGAUGUGUGCAACAUGAAGUUUUCCAACGGCGCCAACAUGCGCCGCCAUAAGAUGCGCCACACUGGUGUAAAGCCCUACGAGUGCCGGGUGUGCCAGAAGAGGUUCUUCCGCAAGGACCACCUGGCGGAGCACUUCACGACGCACACCAAGACGCUGCCCUAUCACUGUCCGAUCUGCAACCGUGGCUUCCAGCGCCAGAUAGCGAUGCGCGCCCACUUCCAGAACGAACAUGUGGGCCAGCAUGAUCUGGUGAAGACGUGUCCGCUAUGCAGCUACAGAGCGGGGUCCAUGAAGUCGCUGAGGAUUCAUUUCUUCAACCGUCACGGCAUCGAUCUGGAUAACCCGGGACCGGGUGGCACCUCCUCGUUGCUCCUGGCCCUGGAAUCACAGGCUUCGGCGGCGGCAGCGGCGGCGGCUGCUAGUUACGUGCCACCUGGACUCAGUCCAGUGCCCGUGCAAUCUCAGUCCCAGCAGCAGCAGCAGCAACAGGUGGCUCCUCCGGCCAGCGAUAGCGGGGAGUCCAUGCGAUCCCUGGAGAAUGCCACGCCUCCCAUGCACUUCCUCACGCCCCACGUGGAGAUCUCGACGCUGGGCGAGAGCGGCAACACGGAGUUGUUUAAUCUGAUUUGCGUUUGGCGUGAAUCUGCAUUACAGGGCAACAACAACAACAAUAAUAACAACAAUAACAACUGCGCUACCAACAACAACAACAAUAUAAAUGGAGGGAACAACUGCAACUCCAUUAGCAAUGGAAAUGCCGAGUCCAAUGGCGAUAAGGUGAAAGAUCGAGCCCUCAUCAUGCAAUCGCCAGUGGAGCUGCCCAUGGAUUGCAACACAAAGGCCACGCCCAUCACAUCCAGCACCACAGCCAGCAGCCUGAGUGGAGGCUUGAAGAGCCACCACCAGCAUCCGCAUCACCACCACCACCAUCACCACCACGAGAACCACAUAACGCCGUCGAUCAGUCUUAUACCUAUUAAACAGGAGCCCAUGUCGGAGGAUAUGGACAAGAAGGACCUGAUGAACGGCAGUGAUCCCAGCAGCGAUACAGAACAGGCUUCCAACAAUAACAACAGCAGCAGCAACAACAACAGAAUCACCUCACUGAUCAAGGUCUCGCCACUGAAAUCGCUCCUGCGCGAGGAUCUUAAGCGUCGCAUCUGCGCAAAGGCAAACAACCGGAUCACCCGGAAUGCCACCCCGCUGGAGAGUAACAACAACAACUCCGUGCUGUCCAACAGCCUGAGCAACGGCUCCGGUCGGGGAUCACCCGGCCUGAAUGGCACCAGCGGCGGAGGGGGAGGCGGAGGGCCACCCACGCCGGCAACGCCCGGUGCCACCAAUGGCGCCAGCUCGACGCCCAUCUGCAACGGGACCAUCACGUCGACCGGCCAGGAUGGAGACCUGCUGAUCAACCGCAAGCUGAUCCUCACCUGCCACUUCUGCGGCAUCGAGUUCCCGGACGAGACGCUGUACUUCCUGCACAAGGGCUGCCACUGCGAGAGCAAUCCGUGGCGGUGCAACAUCUGCGGCGAGCAGCUGAACAACGUGUACGAGUUCAACUCGCACCUGCUCAGCAAGAGCCACCAAUAGCAGCCACAGUUGGCCGGCAAGUAGGCGGAUUGAGGAGCUUGCCGGCUCGGGAUCUGGACGGUCCCAGGAAUCGGAAUCGGAAUCGCAAUCGCGCUUCGCGGUCGUACUCGAUUCGGAAUAUUUACUUAGCUCAAUUUUGAGAGAUUUUCCACAACCAGGCACACAGUUAAGCUCAGAGCAAAUUAUACACUUACCAUCUAGUUCUACGUUUACACUUACGUCUACGUUACAUAUAUAGUUAGUUAGAGAUAACUCAUCAUAUUUUUAUGAUCUGCAUGCAGAGAGUAUGAAAAUCAAAUGAGAGCUACGUAGUUACCUAAUCCCUUGAAAAGUCGAAGUCGAAGUUGAAGUCGAACAGUCGAACAGUCGAGAUGGCAGAAUCAAAAACGGAGUGCGAUGGAUAUACACACAUAUAUACCCUCCCGGAAACCAACCCUGUUAUGUAGUCUUAUUAUGCAUUAGGUUUUGUAGUUUAGUCCUUAAGUACUUGGCAAUAAUUUCCAGCCGGUUCAACUGGCCAGCAAACACUUGCGUCAACGCGGGUCCGCUUUAGUCGGUUUAGUGCAUUAUAUAGCUAAGCUCGCCUCAAAGGUGGCAGUUUAUGGUUUUAAGCAUCCACAACUCACACUUCACACACAUGGAUACAUCCGAUAUAGAUGCAUAUACAUACAUAUACAUAUAUGCCUAUACAGUUGCAGCGAAGGGCUUUAAAUUUGUUAUGUUUUCAGAGUUUAAUACGACAGCAGCAAGUUUGAUUAGGCGGAUAUAAACGAGAAGCUAUAUCUACAUAUAUUUACAUAUAAACAACAGGAUAUAUACGUCAUAGCCAGGUUAUGUACACCACUCUCACGCAGCAUACAUUCAGCUGCAGACACACACACAAAAACAGAUGCAGAUACAGAUACAGAUGCAGAUACAGAUACAUAUACAGAUACAGAUAAAGAUACAUAUGCAGAUAUAGAUUCGGAUUCGGAUUCAGAUUCAGAUAAGGAUUCUUUUAGCUUAGCAGAGGGUUAUCGAAUUAUGAAUUCAAUUAUUAUACUCGUACCUUUUACAUAGCUCCUAGUUUGAGUAACUAAUCUAACACAAUAACAACAGCGAUCGGGGGUUACUUCGAUUGUGGAAAACAUUUCGAAUAUUCGCACAGUGCUGCUCGUCAGUUUGCAUACAACUGGAGCGUAGGAACAUUUUUUAAACAAGCAAGACAAAAACAUGCAAAAAUUACAAUUGUGAUACGAAAUUGUUGUAAAUAAUUGGUAAAUCGAAAUAUGAGUAACACGAACUUUAUCGUUUAGACAAAACUAUGCCUUAGAUGCCUAUGAUAGCAUUACAUACAUAUACUGAUAUACUGAUAUCUACAUCUACGAUACGAGCGAUCACUGUACAAACAACCAACUGGACAUGGAACUGUUGAUUAGUAUAGAUAACUUUAGUGUAAAUCAAAAUUUGGAAAGUAAUCCCAAGACCACCCUCUCCCCUUCUCCCCUACCACCUCCCCAUCCCGCUUCCUUUUCAAACCUCCCCACCCCCCGCUGACGUAACGGGUUGUAUGCAGCCAGCAUGGCGCCACUGUGCGCUAAAUUUUACUUCAGAUUAACAUCCGUCCAUGAUGUUCACGAGUUCUAGCGAAAGUAACACACUUAUCCAUAGUGCUUAUGUAUGUAAAAAGGAGGACUCGAAGCCAAUCACAUUGCUUAGUUCCCAUCUUCUCUGUUAUUUGAUCUAUACUUUUAGCUAGCGUUAAUUCUUAGUCGAAGGUUUUUGUUGAUCAUUUUGUUGUUUAUCCGUUAGCACAUAGAAGACACCUGCAGCACUUGCACAUUAUGUACAUUACGUUCUUCCCGACCCUUCUUAUAGCAAUACAUUGUAAUCACCCCUUAUUUUGCUCUACUCUAGCCAAUUCACUCGUGUAAAAAUGGUUUGUUGUGUUCAGUUAAUAUUUACUACUUACUACUUGGUAACUUACCACAUAGGGCGUAAUUUUGUUUUUGUUUUUAACUUUGUUAAUGAACUAUUAUCGCGUUGUUACACGAAUCAAUCCAUUUUCAAAUCAAAAGGC